AUGCUUAUUAACUCAUGUUACUAUGUGGUAUUUUCCAGGCAAAACCUGCUAAACACAUUUAGAUCAAAUCUGCUGAAGAAGUUUGAGUGUCUGUAUGAGGGAACAGCGGCGCAGGGAAACCCAACACUCCUGAAUGAGAUCUACACAGAGCUCUACAUCACAGAGAGUGAGAGUGGAGAGAUCAGUCAUGAGCAUGAGGUGAGACAGAUUGAGACACAAUCCAGGAGAUCAACAACAGAGGACACAGCGAUCAAAUGCAGAGACAUCUUUACACCUUUACCUGGACAAGACAAAGCCAUCAGAACUGUGCUGACGAAGGGAGUCGCUGGCAUCGGAAAAACAGUCUCUGUGCAGAAGUUCAUCCUGGACUGGGCUGAAGAGAAGGAGAAUCAGGACGUCCAGCUCAUAUUUCCACUUCCUUUCAGAGAGAUCAAUCUGAUGAAGGACAAAACACUCAGUCUGUCAGAUCUUCUUCAGCUCUUUUUCCCUCAAACUAAAGAAAUGGAAAUAUUCAGUGACAAAUAUAAAGUGCUGUUCAUCUUUGAUGGUCUGGACGAGUGUCGUCUCCCCUUAAAUUUUAAAAGGAAUGAGACUCUGAGGGAUGUGACCAAAACAUCAUCAGUGGACGUGCUGCUGACCAACCUGAUUGUGGGGAAUCUGCUUCCCUCUGCUCUCAUCUGGAUCACCUCCAGACCAGCAGCAGCAGAUCUCGUCCCCUCUGAGUGUGUCCAUCGAGUGACAGAGGUACGAGGCUUCAAUGACCCUCAGAAGGAGGAAUACUUCAGCAAGAGAAUCAGAGAUCAGAGUCUGGCCAAUACAAUCAUCUCACACCUCAAGUCCUCCAGGAGCCUCUACAUCAUGUGCCACAUCCCAGUGUUCUGCUGGAUCUCAGCCACUGUUCUGGAGAAGAUGUUGAGUGAAGCAGAGACUGCAGAGAUUCCCAAGACUCUCACUCAGAUGUACACACACUUCCUGAUCCUGCAGACCAACAUCAAACAUCAGAAGGACUAUGAGGAGAAGCUGACAGAUGAAGACAUGAUCCUCAAACUGGGGAAAGUGGCUUUUCAGCAGCUCAUGAAAGGCAAUAUAAUCUUCUAUGAGGAAGACCUGAGAGAGUGUGGCAUUGAUGUGGCUGAAGCUUCAGUUUACUCAGGAUUGUGCACUCAGAUCUUCAGAGAGGAGUUUGGCUUGUAUCAGGGGAAAGUCUUCAGCUUUGUUCAUCUGAGCAUUCAGGAACAUCUAGCAGCUCUAUAUGUGCACCUCUCCUGUAUAAACAACAAUGUAAAUGAGUUUGAUCAAAUCAACAAACAGAGUUUGUGGUUUAAAGUUAAAGACUUGUUUCAGCUCAAUUCUUCAGAAUGUGUUUCUUUAUCUGAGCUGCAUCAGCGAGCUGUAAAUGAGGCUCUACAGAGUAAAAAUGGACAUCUGGAUCUUUUCCUGCGAUUUCUUCUGGGUCUGUCAGUGGAGUCUCAUCAGAUUCUCCUACAAAGACUACUGACACUAAAAAGCAGAUCAAUCCAGAAAAUUAAAACAGUCGAGUACAUCAAGAAGAAGAUCAGGAAAAUUGACUCUCCAGAGAGAUCCCUCAAUCUGUUUCACUGUCUGAAUGAACUGGGUGAUCAUUCACUAGUGGAGGAAAUACAGCAGUAUCUGAAAUCUGGAAGAAUAAAGCAGUCCAAACUCUCUUCAUCUCAGUGGUCAGCUGUAGUGUUUGUUUUGUUGACAUCAGAAAAUAAACUGGAUAAGUUUGAUAUUAAUGAGUUUGUUGGAGAAAGCACCAAAGCUGAGAAACUGAAGAUCCUUCAGAAGCUGCUGCCAGUGAUCAAAGUUCAUUUGAGGGAUUGUGGUCUCACAGAUGAAGAUAGUGAUGUUCUGACUUCAGCUCUGAGAUCAAACCCUGUACACUUGGGAUUUCUGAGUUUGUCGUAUAAAAAACUAAAAGAUUCAGGCAUCAAGCUUCUCUCUGCUGUACUGGAGGAUCCUCACUGUAAACUAAAGACACUGUGGUUGAGUUAUUGUGGUCUCACAGAUGAAGGUUGUGCUGCUUUGGCUUCAGCUCUGAGAUCAAACCCUGAACACCUGAGAGAACUGGAUCUGUCUGGGAAUAAACUAGGAGAUUCAGUGACUCUUCUCUCUGCUGUACUGGAGGAUCCUCGCUGUAAACUGAAGACACUUUGGUAAGAUCAUAUUUGACUC